AUGUCCAUUGACACUAAGAGGAGGAUGAAGCUGGAGAGCAAGGACUGCCUUUGCUCGGACCGCCUUUGCUGCGUGUUGCGCAAGGAGCUCAAGGUGGCCAUCGAGCAGUCACAAACCGAGCCAAAGAGCCAGGACCGGCUUUUUCUUCCCGCUUCAGAUUCCCCAGCUGCUUGCAGCAAAGCUGGCAUCAAUGCCUUCGCGCUGGAUUUCCUCAAGGUAUUGGUUGAAAACAUGCUGCCCCACCUCUUGUGCCGCGUGUUGGAUAUCUUUGAGAACUCCUACCCUGCAGAGAAGAACUGGGUCCCGAUCAAGGUGAUCACAGCGGCAGCAGUGUUUGCACAGAAAUGUCAGGUGCCAGACGGCUAUGCAGAAGCAGCUUCCGGCUCGAUGAUGCCACCAACCUUGGCUUUGCUCGGCAAUCUGGUCCCGAAGAUGGGCGAGGCAAUGCGCGGAGUUUGCGCUUUGCUGCGGCAGACAUGCAAAAGAAUUGCAGGCUGCGCUGGCCAACGCCGAGACAGCACAUGCGGAGCGCUUGCAGACGCAGCUACUGGCACUGGUUGCAUAGCUCCCACCGCUGAAAUCCAAAAGCUCGCGAGGCUUGCUAAGCUUCAGCCUGUUUCCCCGCGGCCAUGA